GGUCAGUCAGUUGGGCAUUUGGAUUACACAGGAUCUAGAGACUGCAGUUCAGCACAGCAGUUAACCUAGCCAGAAAUCGUGGAGGUUCCCAACCCCCUGAAGAUGUACGGCCUGUACCUGGAAGCAGUGAAUGACUACAUCAACGAGUCCUACGGGGAGGAUGUAUGGAGACUGAUUGAGGCCCGGGCCGAGAUCCCACAUCUUAAGUUUGUUCGCCACCAGAUGUACAAUGACAAUUUGAUCCUACGCUUGGCCAAGGCAGCUGGAGAGGUCCUGGGUAAAACCCAUGAUGAGCUGAUGUAUGCCUUUGGGGUCUACAUGGUGAAGAGGAUUGGCAAUUAUGGCUAUGAAAGAAUUUUGAAGGUGCUUGGGCGAAACGUGCGAGACUUCAUCAAUGAGCUAGACAACCUGCACGAGUACUUUCGUUUCUCGUUCCCCAAGGUACAGCCACCCAGCUUUUGUGUGGAGGAGGAGUGUGAAACUAGCCUGACCCUGCACUACCGCAGCACCAGGAAGGGCUUCACCCAGUUUGUGAAAGGACAGUUGUCUCAAGUUGGACGACAGUUUUACAACACAGACAUUGAAGUGGAGAUCCUAUCCAAGGAGGAAACUGAGAAGAUGACGUAUGUGGUCUACAAGAUGAAUUUUGACAACGCCGCCUUCAAGCACCGCAUGCCCCAGCAGAAGACUGCUCCGGGGUACGAGAAGCUGCCCAUGAAACGAGGCAUCUUUUUUGACAUGUUCCCCUUCAGUGUCAUCUUCCGCCGGGACAUGACCAUGUAUCGCAUUGGGGAUGGGCUCAAGGAGGUCUUCUCAGACCUGCAAGGGAAGAAGGUCAAUGAAGAGUUCACUCUGGUGCGCCCUAUGCUGGAGUUCAGCUGGGAUAAUAUCUAUACCCACCUGAACAAUGUCUUUGAGCUGCUGUCAAAGGCUGUUGUGGAGAGCAAGCAAAAAGUGAACAUUCCCAAACUGAGCAAAGAGGAACCAGAGGAGAAGGAGGAGAGUGAGAAACCCAAGGAGGAGAGAGAGAUCAAGGCAAUAGAGGAGAUGAAGGGGACGGACCAGGAGUACAGCAGUGCUCUGACGCAGUACAAUAGCUCUGCCAACUCUGGUGGAGAAGACAUCGAGCUGCUGGCCUUCCAGACCGUCACAGGAAAGUGCAGUGAGACUAUAUUUGAGGACAUGCGAGAGCCACCGAAGAAGCCUCUUCACCUGAAAGGCCAGAUGAAGUACGUCCCACAGUGGGACUCCCUCAUCUUCCUUGGGACGCCAAUUAUUGAAACAGUAGAGGACAUGAUCAAAAUGGGUGUGUAUGUCAACGAUCUGAACCUCCAUGAUUCCAGCAGAGAGCUAAUUUUAGCAGGAACUCAGCAAUCAGCAGAACUGCAGCUAGCUCUUGACCAGGAGCAGCAGAAAUACGCCCAGCUGCAGGAAAUUAUCAAGAAGCUGGACGAGGAGAAGAAGAGGGGAGACUCGCUGCUGUACGCCAUGAUCCCCAAGGCUGUGGCCGACCGCCUGCGGAAGGGCAUCACGGCCCUGGAGACCUGCCAGGUCUUCCCAGAUGUGACCAUCCUUUUCAGUGAUGUGGUGAAAUUCAACGAGAUCUGUAUCCACAUCACCCCCAUGCAGGUGGUGGACAUGCUGAAUGAGAUCUACAUUGUCUUCGACACACUCAGCGAGAAACACAACGUGUACAAGGUGGAGACCAUCCGAGAUGCUUACAUGGUGGUAGCAGGGGUUCCCAACAAGACCACCUUCCAUGCCCACCACAUCUGUGACAUGGCCCUGGAUAUGCUGAGCUCUAUUGACCAUCUCAAAGACCCCUCCACUGGAGACAAUAUCCAGAUACGUGUGGGGAUCCACUCCGGCAUGGUCGUGGCUGGGGUGGUGGGGCUGAAGAUGCCUCGCUACUGCCUGUUUGGAGACACGGUCAACACUGCCUCCCGCAUGGAAAGCAAUGGGGUGGGAAUGCAAAUCCACAUUAGCCAGACUACCAAGGAUCACCUGGAGCAUGAACCCUACAUCAUUGAGGAGAGAGGAAAAAUCUUUGUCAAGGGUAAGGGUUACAUGAAGACGUACUGGCUCAAGGGGAAGAAGGAUCUGUCAUUUAAAACCCCAGCAGAGCUGAGGUACAGCAGUGAGCAGAAAGAUUCAGAGGACAGGAGCUCCAAUAGCUCCAACUGUAACGAUGCCAAACGCUCCACCUCCAACCUCAAUAUACCAAAUGAGGAGCAGGCAGAGGGGAAGCCCACCCCACCUGACCUGCCACCCGAUACCCUCCCACCUUUGGAAGGCACAACAGAGGCCCCCACCUCCUCCACUGAGCCCCAAGACAAAGAGAAGACCAAAAAGACUAAGAACAACAAAGGAGGGAAGCCUGACGCCAGCUCAGGGAAUGCAGAGGAGAGGCCUCCCUCUGUUGGUGGCUCUGAGAAUGCAGGUCCAAAACUCUAUAACAAAAAGCACAACUAUAGGCACCAGUACACUCGGUUACCGACUACCCAUCCCAUGCGCAGCACUACCUGUAUUGUUCUGUGAGAACAACAGUGAUGGAAUAAUUUGUCCCCACACCCCACCUCACCACUUAACUUUCUGACAAUGGACUGGCUUAUAUGUACUAAAAAUGAUCCACUGUCAUUGAACAAAAAUAUUGAGCAGUCAGUAAGACUGUUUCAUAAGGAUGUCUUCACAGUAAUUAUCUUAAGCAUACAUAAACACAUGAAAUGACUGUAAACUAUUUUUGUUCAUAAAAAUUAUAUGUACAGUCACAAAUAUUUCAUAUUUUGGCUGCAAAUGUGAUAUUGGAUUUUUUAUGUGUUUGUUUUGUAACAUUUGAAUGAUGUUCUCAAAAAGGAUAGUGAACAAUAAUGAUCAGACUUUUAUUUUAUUUGAGUCACUAUGGGAUGGUUUUCUUUUAUUCAAUCUGUACUGGCCAAAUUUUAGUUACUGUAGAUGUUCUUGUGUACACAAUGGCUAUAUUAUCAGUCUUAUUUCAUAAAUCAGCAAUUGGCUGCUUUUGAUCAUUACUAGGACAAUUUUCCACCAUACAAUAUAUGAUCACAAUUUCAAUAACUCACUUCACUACUGUGAGGCCGAUACACACAAGAAGCAGACAAUGAAAAAAUGCAAACUUAAAAGAAACAUUUUAUGAUGUAUUCAGAUAUAUUUACUACUCAUAUUUUAUUAUUUUAUGUAGAUUUGUUUUGUUCCUUUGUUAAUAUUAUGAGGUAAAAAUAUGCUCUAAUAUAUCAAGACAUGAAAGGUGCAGUCAUUAAAGGUGCAGUGUAUUUUCAAAUUUAAGAAGUAAAGGAAGUUUAAAGAAGAAAAUGAAGAUUUUUAUCAGAAACAUACUCUUGAGUCAUUAUAUUUUAAAGCUACCAUUAUAUUAGUUACCAGUUAUAUUUAUGCUUUUUAUGUAUUUUAUCCGGAGUAAAAUCAAAGGGACCAGAAAGUUAGGACUUAAAUUAAAUAUGAAAUUAAAUAUGCCCUUUGAUUUUUAUCUUGGACUUAUUAUUUUAUUUUUUAGUCAAGGAUCUGCCUGUGUGGUGCAUGGUUUUCAGCCACUGCUGACUGACAGUGGGAUUUAUCCUUUUCUAUAUAGUGUUAGGACAAUAUAGCAUUAAAUGACAUUGCAUCACAUUUUAUUUCAGAGACACCAAAACAACGAUCAAUAAGUCUGUACCGAAGGUCAUUGGAACGAAUACAAAUGCAGGUCAGAGGAAGUACAAUUCUCAUAAAGUAGCAGGUAUUCAUAGCCAUGAACAUCAAGUCUAGUUCACACAGAAAAACUUUGACUGUGACAUGACAUAAGCCAUGAGACCCUGACCCUGACCUGACCCUGGCAGUGACCGGCAGUCAGUGGCGAUAGUCAUGGCGAGCACUAGUAGUAUCAAGGGCUUGUGUGGGAUGAAGAGCAGCUCUGUUUUGUCGAGGUUGAGCUGCAGGUGAUAUCUAGCCAUCCACUUUGAGCUUUCAACCAGACAGGCAGAAUUGGGUGUCAUCAGCAUAACCGUGGUAAGAGAAGCUAUGUGAAGUAAUGACAGUGCCAAGAGAUUUAGUGUAAAUGGAGAACAGCAGAGGCCCGAGUACAGAUCCCUGCAGGACUCCUGUAAAAAGGGGAUGAGGUGCAGAAACAGACCCCCACCACAUGGUAGGACCUAUCUGCUCAAUAAGAUGCUAUCUGUGGUCAGAUUGACUCUCAAGAAUAACUAUCUCUGCAGGUAAAAUAAUAUAUUGUAUCCCAUUUUAGUCAUUGAACAACUUUCCUUGUACAACUUUGUUGUCAAUAGUGGUCAGAAGGAUACAGGGAUGCAAAAUGUUCAAUAUAAGCUCACCACCAUCAAUCUUCUUCAGCAGGAAUAAACAUCAUUAAAAAUCAAGUCGGCUUUUUAAAUACGGGAAGGAGGAAACUAUGAUGUGGAUUGAGGGCAACAGGCCAGAGUGCGGUUUUGUACAAGAUCCAAACAGUUUUAGCAUACUCAUCAGAUUGAAGAGCGCUGAUAGUAGAAGACCAUCAUUGAAAGGCAAAUUCAGUUGCUCAGCUUAGCCAAACUGAAAGUCAAAGCAUGCUUAUCUUGGUGUUUCUUUCUCACUCUAGCCUCAGAUAG